AUGCCGAAUCAAUCUACAUUUGUAGGACUGCUCAGCGGAUGUGCACAUUCUGGUUUGAUUGUCUUGUCAAAGCAGUUUUAUGCUCAAGUAAUUGUGCGGGGAUUCGGUUUCAAUGAGGUUGUCCAAGUGAUGCUCGUUGAUAUGUAUGCAAAGUAUGGUGACAUUGAAUCUGGUCGCAUUGCCUUUGAUAUGUCUACGGUUAAACAGAAGGUUGCUAUUUGGAACUCACUAAUUUGCGGCUAUGGAAAGCAUGGGCGCAGUCUGGAGGCCCUGGGAGUUUUUGAUUUCAUGGAAUUUGCCUCUGUCCAUCCUGAUCACACUACUUUCACCUGUCUCCUAUUAGCUUGCAGCCACUCGGGGUGGGCAGAUGAUGGACGGAGAUUGUCUUGCUUGAUGCAGAAGCGAUAUGGAGUACCAUCCAGAGAGGAGCACUAUAGUUGCAUGGUGGAUCUCUUCGGGCGAGCUGGAAUGGUGAAGGAAGCCUAUGAACUUAUAAUUAGAUCAGCAUGCAAAUUGGGACCUUCUAUUCAACUAUCGGAGAAAUUGUCGCAGAAGCUCUUUGAGCUAGAGCCAGAGUGCUCAGGAUCAUAUGUUGCAUUGUGUAACAUCUACUCUGUGGGGAAGCAGUGGCAGGCGAAUGACGUCAGAGAGUUAAUGGAUGAUUGGAAUAUAUCGAAAGAUACCAGUCACAGUUGGAUCGAAGUUGGUGGACUGGUGCACAACAGUACUUGGAAUGAUGAGAAUGUGUUGGAGAAUGCACUGAAUAUAUGGAAAGCCAAUAACAAUAACAAAGACUUCAAGUAUAUGUAUGUGUGGCGGGUUCUUAGAGAGUAUGAGAAAUAUGUUCCACAAUCAGUUGCUCAUUACUCUAGCAAGAAGACAAGAACAUCUGAAUCAGGGGGAAACACUUCAACAUCAAAUCCAGAUAAGAGUAUUGGUGUGGAUGAUUCUGAAGUUUGCAUUCGCUCUAUAGGGCAAAAGACAGAGAAGAGGAAGAACAAAUCCAAAGUGGGCGACACAAUGGAACAAAACAUCAAUAAAGAAUGA